CAGCAGUUGAAGGAUCGCCUUCUUCAAGAUGAGGUUCCUUUUGUUAGUGUGCACCGCAGCACUGCUUCUAUCGGUCACCGUGGCAGAAGAUGAUCCCCCAAAGAGAGAUGAACUGGAAGAGCAAAAGUCCCCGUCUCCUCCAAAGAAAGAUGAUCCAGAGGCGGCAACGUCUCCUCCAAAGGCCGAUGAACCAGAGGCGGCAAAGACUCCUCCAAAGGAAGAUGAUCCAGAGGCGGCAACGUCUCCUCCAAAGGAAGAUGAAGCAGAUGACUCGAAGUCACCUCCAAAGGAAGAUGAAGAAGAUGACUCGAAGUCACCUCCAAAGGAAGAUGACCCAGAGGUGAUAAGGUUCCCCUGGGAAUAUGGCUCGAUGGGUAACAGGGUAGCACAGGCAAAUCCAUACCCACGUAGAUAUUGGACGAAUAGAAGAAACCAACAAGAGCAGGCCAUCGGGAGGAUGGCUAAAAGGAUAUCAGAAAUGCAGAGAAAUUACGCUUUGUCCAAGGCGAAAAACAUGACAUUAGCCGCGAAGAUGGAAGCUUUUAAUAAGAAGUUGUACGAUGUGACAAUGGAUCUGAGAAGGGCUGAACAGCAGAUAGAAAAUUGCAAGGAUGUCGAUACGGGAAAUCCAUUGAUACCUCAGCGGAAUGUGAAUAGUCCUAGCAUAGGCCCUGUCUAUACUUUUAGGUACAUCCGUCUGCUAAGGUACCUACGUGUGAAUAUUGACAGGGAAUUAACGGCUGUCACGAACUUGAAAUGGAGUAGAGAGAAGGGAAAGUAGUCACAAUAGUCACUGCACUUCUGAGGAAGAUUGUAAAACAUUUGUAAUAAAUUGUGAUCAAUAAAUCGUAGCAAUUGCUUGAAUAAAUAUAAA